AGGCGCUUGGCCCCGCCGGGCCGCCGUCGGGGGCGGGCCCGCGCCGCAGCCAUGGCGGCGCCCGUGGUGCCGGAGAGCGACAGCAUCCGCAGGGCCGUGUCGCUGCUCAACGCCGUGGACUCCGGCCGAUUCCCGCGGCUGCUCUCCCGCCUUCUCCAGAAGCUGCACCUGAAGGCUGAAAGUACCUUCAGUGAAGAGGAGGAAGAAAAACUUAAAAUAGCUUUUUCAUUGGAAAAGCAGGAUCUUCAUCUGGUUCUUGAAACUAUAUCCUUCAUUUUAGAACAGGCAGUCUAUCAUAAUUUGAAGCCUGCGUCAUUGCAACAGCAGCUACAGAGCAUUCACCUGGAUCAAGACAAAGCUGAAGCAUUUGCUACUACAUGGGCGGCAGCAGGUCAAGAUACGAUUGAAAAGUUCAGGCAGAGGGUUUUGACCCCUCAGAAGCUUGAGACAAUUGGAUGGCAGCUUAAUCUUCAAAUGGCGGAGUCCAAGCAAGCAAAGCUGAAGUCUCCUCAAGCUGUGCUAGAGCUGGGAGUGAGCAAUGAAGAUUCAAAGAACCUGAAGAAAGUGUUUGUAGAAUUUAGCCAUCAGGAGCUGUUUGAGUUCUAUAACAAGCUGGAAACUAUACAAGCACAGCUGGAUUCCCUUACGUGAUGUUUUUGAAGACUUAUUUCUCCAUCACACUCCUGCCACCUCAUUAUUUUGAAUUGAAGAUAGAUUGCCAAGCUGUGUUUGCUGAAGGAUUCAGUGGGUUGCUUCUUGUAAAAUUAUAUGGCUUAUCUGCAUUUUAGACCAGUACUGUUAGCCGAGAGUCUUUGUUAACAGUCUGAAGAUUCUAAUGGACUUUCUCUUGUUUGCUGAGCAAUUGUGAAAAAUGGCUUUACCUGCAGUGGAAAAAACAAAACAAAACAAAACAAAAACCAACAACCCCAAACUUAAACAGAAUACUAUGUGCUUCAGAAAUUCAAUUUUUUUUUUCAUCCUUUUCUAUGGGUUACUUGAUUCUGGUAGAAAUUUGCAUACUAGUGAGGGACCAGGAGUAAAAAUCUAUUUUUUAGACAUAAAAGAAAUAUAGAAGUCGUAAGAAAAUACACCGCUAAUAAAAUAUCUAAAAUCUCUAUUCUUUUUAAAUGUUAUUCACACAGUUGAUAAUGCUUGCUGCAGAUUUGUCAAAAUAAAUUCAAAAUGUAAAAAUUAAUUGGUUUAUUUUAGGCUGUUGUAACUUCAUUUCAUUAUUUUUGUUGUUUUUCAGUUUGAUAGAGUUUUUUCCUUUGAAAUAAUCAGCAGUGUCUCUGAUUUCAGGGUUUACUCUUGGCACUGAGAAUAAAUAUGUCUUCUUAGAACUGCAUGCACACCAAGGAAUCUAAGUAGUGUGGUGUAUAACUGAGGGGAGAAAUCUCAGAGUAGAUAACAACACUGAAAUAGUCUGGCAGUCAGAUUUCAGAAAGCUCUACAUUGAUCCUUCCUCAUGCUGUUUUUACCUCUGUUUUUACAUUGAACAGGAAAAAAUGAAGUACAAUGAUUAAAGGCCAUAUUUUCUUCCAUUAUUUCAGGAUGAUUCAUGAGCAGCAUGAGAAAGGUAAAAGUUGUCUUAAUUCUUGUUUGUUGCCAUUUGUUGACAGGCAACUUCAUUGCUGCACCUUGAUAAUGGGCACAGUAUACAGCUCUGGGCUCUGGGCUAAUAGAAGGUGAGAGGAAGUAAAAAACUUUGGCAUUAGGCUUGUCUUUUUUUCCUUUAAGGGUUUCCCUGAACAAGACUUUUUUCUUUCUCAUGCCUAUAACAGUGAUGGUUGAUACUCACCCAGACAGUUUCCUUUUUAGGUUUGUUUGCUCAUGACAGUAGCUGUAAGUAUAACCAAAAUGUAUGUUUUGAAUACCUGGUGUUUAGGUCCUCCUGUGCCAGAUUUCUAGUUUUGUUGCUUUUGGAGGGUCGUUUUGUACCUUUUUGUUGCUUUGUUAGGGAUUGUGCUGUCACCUCUAGAAUACUGUGAGGUUAGCACACAUUGUCUAAGCUGAGAGUUAAUAGAUUUAGAAGGUAAGGUCUUUAACAGCCUAUGUGUGAGUAAAGGGCACUGAAGACAAAAAACAUACUUAUCAUGGUUCUUAACUGAAAUGCCAAAUGAUAUUCUACCCCUCUGGUAUGGUAACACUAUUACCCUGAUGGAAAGAACAAAUGAGUCACUGUUGCACAGCAGAAUAUUACCUGCUAAAAUCACAUCUUGUCUUAAGCCACUGGCAAAUGAGCUAUGUCUUCUGGAGAUACAAUGCUCCCACCUACAGACAUCACAUCCUCAAUCUACCUAUUCAACAACAGCUUGCCAGCUCGUUCAUCUCAUGCUGCAUAGACUGGUGUGGGUCUGCAGGUGAGCACAUCCCCACCAUUCCCUCUACCUGCAAACAUUAACAGUGCUUUGUAGUUAGGAAAGUCCCUUUCUUCAUGGCACAAAAGUUAUGGCUUCUCUACUGGUCCUGUGGGACAGUAUGGCUUGUGCUAGGACACUGCUCUAGAGCCUUUUCUCUGAGUUUCCAGAGCUUAUGUUCUGGAAGUCAAGUCUGAAGUGAGUUGUAGACUUUCAUUUGUGAAUACAGGACAUCCUAAGGUGUUAUAUGAUGUGAGAGAGGGGUUUAAGUUACAUUUGUGAGUAUAGGCAGUGAGUGAUGAAUCCCAGAGCAGGAGCUGGACCAUUUUGGAGUGCAUGAGGCAUUGGACAAAUCAGCAGGCACAUCUGAAGAAAAGAAGUCAAAGAAGAGUAGGAAGAAAUCGGGUGCAGGAAAAAGGAAAGAGAGGACAGAGAAAUGGAUAUUCCCAAGGAUGGAAUUUGGGAGUUGGAAAACUAUGAGGAAGAAAGGAGGAACACUGGAAAAGAUGACAAAAAUAUAUAUAUAAGGAAAACAUUAAGCAAAGUGAGAGAAAGAUGUUAAAGACUGGAAGAGUGGGAGAAAAACAGGGGAAACAAAGUAAACCAGAGUUAACUAUGGAAACUAGCCAGUUGUAUAACUACAUCUAGUAUUUCAAACUAACCCAUAAGUGUCAGCCUUGGUGCAAAGUUGGUCAAGAUCAAAGCCAAAUGUGGGAUAACAAAAAAACCAGAUUUUAAAGCUAGCUUUAGUAUAAAUAUUUGAAAAUGAUAAAAUAAUGUUGAAAGGAAAAGCCUAAGAUUGCAAGAAUUCUGUAAAAAUUAUUUAGUGUUUAUCCUUGUUUGCAGAUGGCUGAAGAGAUUUAUGAUUUCUUUAGCAGUGGUUGCCUUUUCUUUUUUUACUAGCUGUACUGAAUUUGUAUUGUCAAAAGCCUUAUGAUAAGAAGUACAGUUGUUAUCUUGUCAAGAACCACUGAGAAAUAAACAUUUAGUUUAGAGAGACUUUUCUUUAUGUAAUGGGAAGCUUUGGGGUUGUACAUUAUUAUGUAGCAAGGACAUAACCUGUACCGUGUUAGAGAAGAGCAUUGUCACUUAUUUAAGUGGUUCUGAAUAAGGAGAGAAAAUUGACCAACUGUGAAAGAUGGAAGUAUUUAGGAGGUUUUUGUUAGUUCUUGCAAAAAAGAAGGUUUUUAUUCUGGUUGCUGCUCUUUGGGCCUCAGUGGACCUGGAGAGGGGAAGUUUAGUCUUCCCCUGAGAGAAGCUGCCCCUGAUUAGUUUGUAUAAAGUCCUAGCGACCCAGAAGCAUAAGGGAACAAGAGGAAAAACAAGGACUGCCACAGUCUGGAUGAUGCCUGGGGAAAUAGGGAUAUCUGCCUGCAUCAUGGACUAGAUCCAAUGCUGUACCUUAGAGGUGGCAGAAAGAAAAACAGGCCCUGGGAGGAAGAAGGUGUGUAGCCUAUACAGAACUGAAUACACCAGGUUGGUGUGGGAGCCUAGACAGGUACAUGCAUGCUGAAGGUGUUCAAGCUUUGCUUAUGUGUUCUGGUAAAACAUAGUCUGAAAAGUGAGUCUUGUAGGUAUUUUGGAGAUUUUAUUGCAGUAAAGGAAAGGAACACAUCCCAGGCUCUUUUCAGCUGAGGGUCAUAGCAAAGUAUUGGUCUGUAAUAUCUCUUGGACAUGAUCCAGAAUUGAAAUUAUCAAGGCUUCAGAUAGUGUUGAAGGAAGAUAUUUGCAGAGAUUUAUUGAGCUCUAAAACUGGAAAUUGAAAUGAGUAAGAAUUACUGAAUCUUCUUUCAGAUCUUUCAGUGCACUUUAAAAACAUUUGAUUCGUCUUUGUUCAGACAUCGAAGACAGUAUUUUCUGUGACUGUACUUCUCUCAAAGCUAUAAUGUCAAAAUCUGCCUCAAAUGGACUAUUGGCAAAGGAAGGAAAUCUUUUGGUUUGGGUAUAACAAGCAUCAGUAUUGUUUUGACAUGAAGACUUUGAGUUCUGGGGCUAAGUGUGAGAACUGCCUCUAAAAUACCAAAUUACUGAUGAAGAGCAACCAUUUGCACAUCACUGAGCAAAACCAACGCUAAUAGCACAUUAAUGCUGGUUGAGUACAAAUGCAUUACAUUAUCUUUCUCAGUUCAGAUUUAGACAUGUAAUUCCUGUUUCUCAACCAAGUAUGAAAUGUCUGUAAGCUUUUGCAUUCCAUUUUUGUUGAAAUAAAACAUAUAGUUAGAUAGACAAAUAUAACUUUGCUGUCUCAAAUUUUGACUAACUUCUAAACCUGUUUUGGGUCUCCAGAGGAGGCUUUCAAAUUCUCCUUUAAUUCCUGGAUUUACUGACACAUCAGUUUUGAGUAAAGACCUCCAGCUUACUUUCCUACAGUCUGAUUUUAAGGACUCUGAAAUCUUAUUCUUUCUAAGUAUAAAGAAUUUACUGACAUGUUAAUUCUUACGUUGGUCAAAGGAAGAAAAGUGGUUAUUGUUAUAAAAUGCUAUAACCUCCCUUUUACACUUGUUCAUCUCAUUUUACUUGUUCAUCUCAUUCUCUGAUUUACAACAGCAUCAGUAACAUUUCAUUUUUUGCCUGUAUUGGCAUAUCAUAUCUUCAAAGAUUAGGAAUUCACUCACAUUAUGAUAAAAUAAUGGCAGAGCUUAAUAAUGCCUGCUGACCAGUGAAUAAGUAUCAUACCAUUUUGUGACCGUUUUAUAGCUUAUUCGACUGAUGAAAAUGAACUGUGUUUUGAGCCACUGUGUAAGUUCCUUUUCUUUGGAGCAGAUAAACUGGCCAUCUGAGUAACAGUGAUUUUGUGUAGGUGGAUGAACCACAGUGCUGCUGUCUGAUGUGCUGUUGAUGGUGUCUCAGUAAGAUAAACUAAUAAGAUGCUUUUAUCUGCAACGCUUACAUAAAUUGAUUUCUAAUUUUCAUAGUAAUUAAUCAGUUUUGUUGGACCUUCCCUUGCCCUUCAUAAUUGUGUUGAUCAGACCAAAUUAUAUGCUGCGAUUUUAACUAAAAUGAAGUGUUUCCUUCAUUAUUUUGUUUCUCAAGAGAUAAAAAGAGUUAAAAAGAUAUUGGUCUCUUACAAAUCAGAUGCUGUUCAGCUGUGUUCAGCUAUGUAUCAGGAAUGACUUGUCCCUCUCACUGACAAGAUUAGUUCCUUCUCUGUUGAGGUCAAAAUAUCUUUCAUGGUUAUCCAAGGUUUUCUCUAAUUAUUGAAAUCAUAGGAAGGCAGUUCUUCCUACACAUCUUGGAAUCGUAACUGUCUUGACCAGCUGUUCUGAUAAGAUGAUCACCUUUUUAGGGCACUUUUAACUUUUUGUCUUGACUGUCAAACGUUAAUUGUCCCUCUAUGGUAAUGUAAAGCAUACAUUCAAUAAAAUAUGGAUGAAUGUA